CGAGGGCAAGAAAGUCGUUGACAUCUUCGCAUCGCCGCUGUCGUUCUUUUCCCGUUAUGGCGCAUCGUAUAGUAACGCAGGUGCUCGUCACCGGCGCCAGAGUCUUCGGGAGAGCAUUCGCUGAGGCUUAUAAGCAAGCCUCAGCAUCACAAAAAUAUCAACAAUCGAUGCAAGGCGGCGCAACAGCCUCCAACACCCUCUCAUCCGCCGGCCUAACCCUCGACGAGGCCUGCCGAAUCCUCAACGUCCCUCCUCCCAAACAAGGCCAAGCCGACCUCAGCAAAGUCCACGAUAACUUCAAACGAUUAUUUGACCAGAACGAUCCCAAAAAGGGUGGCUCCUUUUAUCUGCAGAGUAAAGUGCUCCGAGCAAGAGAGCGGUUGGAGUUGGAGGCGCAGAGGCUGAGAGCGCAAAGUGCAGAGAAGCCGCCUUCGGAUCCGCCCGCGAGUAGCAGCUAAUGCGACUGGGCAAAUAAGGGCAAAACAAGAGGGAAGGAUAUACCCCAUGUAUGAGAUUUUGAGGGCAUAGCGCGGCGUUUUCAGGAUACUAGGGGUCAUGUUUUGCAUUAGCGAAAAAGCAAGAGCACAGCAUGGUGUGGAGGGGAGCAGAGGAGGCGGAAACUACACUUUUUCUCCGCUCUCAAGGCGGAUGCAAUGCAUAAAAUGAGCUUUCUGAAGGCAUUCAGAUUUCGACAGCGCUGUUAGAAAGGAGACGUGUAAGAUAUCUUCAAAAUGUACAGAAGUCGAUACUGCUGGCCAGACGAAGCGAUCACGCAAUGCGGUCUUGCGUGGCACUCCAGAACCAGGCCAAGAUGUGAGCGGUACGGAGGUCUACGAGUGAUCAACGACCAAGUUGCGAAGGGCACGAUCGACGACGAGUUCGGAUAGUGCAAACCUGAAAGUUGAUACUGAUCCGAAAGUCGACGAGCGUGGACCAUAACUCGUCCACCGAGGACGCUAUCGGAACGAACAAUCACUGCAAUAUUACAAAACUACUGUGGGGACGUAAUCUAGCCGC